AUGAAUAGCGGGCCGUAUCUUUCAAACCAUCUUUCUACGGUUCAUUUAGCUACGCCCCCGCAGAAGGACAGCAAGUGGAAGUCGUCGUUGAAUGUUGUCAAGCAUCCCGUUCACGCGGCGUCCACUUCUGUCAAUAAUUUGCAGGGAAACCUGCACUCGAAGAGCACGGUUUACCUGAAUCAAGGGGCUGCGUUGUGUGAUCUCAUUUCGUCGAGGUUUGAUGCUGUGAUUACGUCGAUUGACGGGGAGAUCUUUAGUGGGGAUGAGAAGGAGUUGAGUAAAAAGGCAGUCGUAUACCAGCAAUACCCUACAGACUCAUCCCCCCCUUUGGAGCAGUCUCGAGGUAUCCAUAAUGUCUACCCAAGCGCUGCUGCCAAUCGUGGUCAAGUCUCUGGAUCGAAUUACUUUUCUAAAGUUUGGCUGUAUUCCAAUUCGAGACUGCCGCCCCAUCUUCCACCUCUUAAAGUCUAUAUGCCGACUUACCCACUGUUGUGCCUGGCGGCUCAGUUUUCAGAGAAUGUUUACUCACGACCGACUGGAUCGGAGCGUGAGGCCCAUGUCGAAGCCAAUUGGCGGCAGGGCACGAAAGCAAUGGUACUAAAGAGCUUGCCUAUCGACGACAUGAAUACUGUGGUGUUCGCUAUCAGAGGCAGUCAAACGUUCAUGGAUUGGGCAGUCAAUUUUAGACCUGAGCCCUCGAUGGCUACUGGGUUCUUGGACGACCCCGGCAACAAAUGCCACAGCGGCUUCCUCCACGUCGCCCGCCAGAUGAUCGUCCCCGUGGCCGCCCGCCUGCGCACUCUCCUCUCCGAGAAUCCCUCUCGCAGCGCCUCAUCUCUGCUCAUCACAGGCCAUUCUGCUGGAGGCGCUGUUGCCGCGCUGCUGUACGCCCACAUGCUCUCUGAAACCGUCACCUCCGAACUCACCUACCUGACGGGCUUCUUCAAACGCGUCCACUGCAUCACCUUCGGCGCGCCGCCCGUCAGCCUUCUCCCGCUCCAAAAGCCGCCGGGCAAAAGGCAUUCCAAAAGCCUCUUCUUCGGCUUCGUCAACGAAGGCGAUCCCGUCUGCCGCGCGGACAGGAACGUGGUAGGCAGCCUGCUAAAGCUAUACGCUACACCGGCGCCCGGCUCAAACUGCAGUAUCGGAAACAGCAUCGGCCAGGUUGGGAACAUGAAGAUGGCGACUGUGAGCACCAUCGCGCUGACGCCGAAUGGGCUGGGCAAGAUCGGGAAGCGGAAGGAGAAGCAGAGACCUCAGCCGCAGCUUGGCGGUAAGUCGAACUCCUUUUCUGGCCCUGCGCCCUCGUGGACGAUCCCGGAGGCUUUUCUUUCGACGGCUGGCAGGAUUGUGGUGCUGAGGGUGAGGCCGGGAAGUAGUGAUCAGGAGGAUGUGGAGGCUGUUACGGUCAAUGAUCAGACUUUGCGCCAGGUUGUGUUUGGAGAUCCGGUGUGUCAUAUGAUGAAGUUGUAUAAUAAGAGGAUUAAGAUUCUGGCGACGAGGGCGGUGACGGGGAAUAUGGGGUCGUAUGGGGGAUGA